AUAUAAACAAUUCAGAUCUCCACUUUCGUUUUAAAUCGCAAAGGACUUGUCACCUUGUCGGUUAGGGUAUGAACUUUUUUCAACAAUGAAUCGACCGGUAUUUAAAAGCCAUUGCUUCCUCAACAACUUGCGUUUGGAGAAAGCGGUUUUAUUUUCUUGUAUUUUAAAAAGCGAGAAACCUCUGAAUAGAAGACUUUCUCAGAAAACGCAAUCAAAUAGGCAUAAUUUUGGUGAAACUGUUGACAUUUUGGGUGAACAUUACCAAACAGAUCAUCUAACCAACAUCACACCUGCUAUAAUUUCCAAAGUGGGAAGAAAUCUACAUAAUGUUCCUUUUCAUCCUCUUAAUCUCAUUUACAAAAGAAUAGAAGCCUAUUUCCACCAGACUUUCUUGCGCCGUGGUAAUCCUGUUUUUUCAGCAUACAACAGGCUUUCUCCAAUUGUCACCCUUGAACAAAACUUUGACAGUUUACUUGUUCCACCCAAUCAUGUAAGCCGUUCACCGUCUGAUACUUAUUACAUCAAUUCUAAAUAUAUGCUUCGUGCUCAUACAUCAGCCCAUCAGCGUGACCUAAUACGAUCAGGCCUAGACUCAUUUCUAGUUGCUGGGGAUGUGUAUAGACGAGAUGCUGUAGAUUCUACCCAUUAUCCGGUGUUUCAUCAAGUUGAAGGUGUACGCCUAUUUUCAGAUUUUGAGCUUUUCUCAAAAUAUCCUGAAUCCUCAAACCUCAAACUUUUUGAGGUUGGCCAAAGAGAGGGAAACAAACAGGAAACACAUAUACUUGAAACAUCACACCUUGUGGGCAGUGAUCUGAAAAAAUCAUUAGAAGGACUUAUGCAAUCUUUAUUUGGAGAAGAUCUCCAAAUGAGGUGGGUUGAAGCCUUUUUCCCAUUCACCCAUCCAUCAUGGGAGCUAGAGAUAUUUCACCAGGGUCAAUGGGUGGAGAUGUUAGGCUGUGGAAUAAUGGAGCAGAAGUUAGUGGAUUCCUCUGGCGCUAUUAAUAAAGCAGGUUGGGCAUUUGGAAUGGGACUAGAGAGGUUGGCUAUGAAGCUGUAUUCAAUACCAGACAUCAGAUUAUUCUGGAGCACAGACUCAGGAUUUCUAUCACAGUUUCAAGGCAAAGACUGUAAAGAUAAAAUAACAUAUAAGCCGGUGAGCAAGUACCCACAGUGUGUUAACGACAUCUCAUUUUGGAUCCCGCAGAACUUUUCAUCCAAUGAUUUCUAUGACCUGGUUAGGUCUGUCAGCGAAGACUUAAUUGAGCAGGUGGAGUUGAUAGAUGAGUUCACCCACCCUAAAACAAAGCGCAGCAGUCAUUGUUACCGCAUCACCUACCGUCACAUGGAGAAAACUCUGACUCAGGAGGAAGUGAACGCUGUCCACAAGCAAAUAGAAUCAGAUGCCGCCUCUAAGUUGGGUGUUGAGAUACGAUAACACAAGUUGGGCUUUUUGGUUACACAUAUUAGAACUAUGGAUGCUAGUUUUUAGACUGUUUGUUUCAAAUGUGUACAAUGUUUUAUUUCUGUCAAUACUAUGCUGUGGUAUGGAGUAAUUACAAGAUUUUAUCAAAAUAUGUUUUAAAAAUAUGUUUAGUUUACACAACAGCCUUAUUAAUAUUUAAUAAGAAACGUUUAAAAAGGUAAAAUAAGUUUCCCCUUUGAACCUCAAACUUUGCAUUAUAAGUCAAACUUAAAUUACAUUUUGAUGUCUAUCAAGUGAAACUGUAAUUAACAUUUGAUGUCUGUUUAAUUAAAAUGUAAAUUAAGUUUUGAUGUCUGUCUAAUUAAACUGUAAUUAAGUUUGAAUGUAUGUCUAGUUAAACUAUAUAACUUUUGAAUGUUUGUCUAAUUAAACUAUAUUUAAGAAUUUGUAAAAAAACAGUAAAUGUUGACCAAACUAAGAGCACUACUUUGUCAAAGCCAGAGUUGAGACUUGUACUUAGUGUUGUAAAUGGGUGGGUUAGGAUAGAAACCCUUGGACACCUCAAGCGACAGCUUACAGCUUCUUGUAUAUGUGCUCAUUUAGUUACAGCUAUUUGUGACAGUGUGCUCAUGUCAUUUUGAAUUUUAACAUUUUGAUUGAAUAUCAUAAAACCAUCAUUUUACAUUCUUAAAAUCUUUGUGUCCAGAUUG